AUGGCCUUGCCGGCUAUCCCCGACGAGCUCCUGGUAGAAAUCCUCCUCCGCCUUCCCACCCCAGAGGACCUCAUCCGCGCCUCCGCCGCCUGCGUCUCCUUCCGCCGCCUCGUCGCCGACCGCGCCUUCCUCCGGCGCUUCCGCAAGCUCCACCCCGCGCCCCUCCUCGGCUUCCUCGACUACAAAGGAUUCCACCCCGCCGUACCGCCUCACCCCUCCGCGCCGGCAGCCAGCGCCGUCGCAAGGGCCGCAGACUUCGACUUCACCUUCCUCCCGCCCCCCUACUGGGGCUGGACCGUGCGGGAAGUCCGCGACGGCCGCGUCCUCCUCGACAGACCCUGCCGUCACGACGAGCUCGGACCCCUCUUCAAGGAGAUGGUGGUGUGCGACCCCCUGCACCGGCGGUACCUCCUGCUCCCCCCAAUCCCCGAUGACCUAGCCGCUCCGGCUGUGUGCCAAAUCCUGAUAGAAAGGGAUUGCUUCGCCGACUGCUUCCUCGCCCCUUCCGGCGACGAGGAGGAGGCAGAAGCUAUGGAGGAGGAGACUUCAUUCAGAGUUUUCUGGCUGGUGCUGCUCCAAACUACACGGGUGGUCCUUGCCUUCUCUUCCUCCACAGGGCAAUGGCGAGCCAUUACAUCCCUGACUUGCAGCUUACCUGGCUUUGUCUUGUCUACAUGGACGCUUUUGUCCGUGUCGCGCCAUUACGCGCAUGGCUGCUUCUACUGGAUUUCAGGUUUGAGUGAAAAGUUGCUCGUGCUUGACAUCCGGAGGAUGGAGUUCUCCAUGCCUGACCACCCACCAUGUGUCAGAGUUUUGAGGGGUGAUGUAGCCAUCGUGGAGGCAGGCCAAGGCGUGACUGUGAUGUUUGUUCCUAAACCUGACACAUCUCGGCGUGUUUAUACUGUUUGGCGAAACAAUGGUUGGAGUUCCACCCAGUGGCAGAUGGAGAAUGAGGCAUUUUCGCUGGAUUCUGGGUCCUUUAUGAUAGGUGCAGUGGGGAGGCACUUGCUCCUACAUUAUGGCAUGAUCUCAUCGGUCAAGACAGGUUGUUACACGCAGGAUGUCAACACACUCCAGCUUGAGAGGGUGUGUGAUUCAUGUCCCCACCAGUCAGAAGCAUAUUGCAACUUCCCACCAUCGUUAUUAUCAUCACCGACAGUGUCAAGUGUUCCACGCCACGCUUACCACCCAGGAGUGGAUGACGCUGUGUCGGCACCAGAACCACGACAAUCUGACCCUGGAGGCGUGGAAGGACCUACCGGUGAAGAACCGACGGACCUCACCAGGGAACUGCCGUGCAAGCGCCGUCGUCGCAGCGGCCGCUCGGGUUCCAGAACCCGUGUAGGCGGGUCGCAAUGGACGGGGAGAAGGAGGCUGAGGCUUGACCCGUGGUGGAUGAGGGCCUGGGGGCGGAUGAGGGGCCAGAUCAAGCUGCUGUCCAGGACUGCUGCGGUCAAGACCUUGGGUGGGAGGGGCUUGCCUAGGAUGUGCUAG